GACAUAAAAGGCCUAUAGAGAGGUGUCGAUUCCUUCCCAUCAACAUUCUCAACAUCGUUAUCCAUCCUUCUGAAAAAAAAUCUUCACGCAUUCUUCUACACCAUGUCACAACGUUCCGUCUACCUCAUAAAAUAUCGUACUUCUGUCAAUCAACGUGCUCAUCUAGCACUAUUUCUUCCAAACGCGCCCAACGACAGACCACAGCUGGCACAAACCUUCCGGGAAGCGCCCUGCACAGGCACAGUGAUACACGUCAUUGGCGAACCUCUAUUCGCCGGCUACGCUCUACAAUUCAAGCGGAACUACGAAUGCAGCACUUCCCUAACUCUCAAAGAAAUGAUCUUCCUCGGCUCGAUCGAUUCCUCCUAUGUAUUCAACCCCACCGACACAGCAACUUUCCUCCUAGAAUCAACUCCACGCGCAACUAUCGAACGAGAAGCAACACGAGUUGACCCACCACCCAAAGGUCAAAAUCCCAGAGCCCUUGUCGACGGGAUCCAUAGGAAAGAUUGUCAGGAUUGGAUCUUGGAAUUUCUCGCAAGGCUUCUGAGCAAAGGUUUGAUCGAUCAAUCUGCUUUGGAUCUUGCGCGUACGCAUCGAGAUCCACCCAAUCUUGGGGUCUUUGGACAGCAUACUAGUUCUAUUGGUCAGGCCGUUGCUCCUCGAGGUUAGAUGAUACAAGGUGAAUAUGUCUGGGAUGGAUUAGAACGCAGGUCGUUACGAGUACUAUAAUAGUCGUGCCUAGAAAUAGCUAUAGUUUCUAAUUAUCCGUCUAGUUUAUUAAUUAAUCGAAGCUACUUAUCUUAU